UGCCAUCAGUGUUUGAUCAACGGGCUGUGAAUUCAUAGUUUUCCUAUAUUUCCGUAGCCACACAAAUUGGAGUGGAGUGUGCCAAAUGGAGUCGCCCGACGUGACCCGUGGCCAGAUCGCGGCCAUGGUGGUGCGGGUGUGCGUGGUCAGCGCGGUCACCUACUACAGCGCCAAGUGGAUGCUCAGCUCGAUGGAUCCCAACAGCAAGAUGCGUAAGAAGGCCAAGCAGCUGGCGGAGCAGCAGCUGAAGAAGCUGAACUCUACCGAAAACGACUCCGGUAAGAAGUUCCGGACAAAAGACUUCAACGAGCACGAGGUAAUGAUCGCCUCGCAUCUGGUGGCCCCGGAAGACAUUGACGUCAGCUGGGCUGACAUCGCCGGACUGGACGGGGUGAUUCAGGAGCUUCGGGAGACAGUGGUGCUGCCGGUGCGCCACCGCGAGCUCUUCCGCCGCUCUCAGCUUUGGCGGGCGCCCAAGGGCGUCCUGCUCCACGGGCCGCCCGGCUGCGGCAAGACCCUGAUCGCCAAGGCCAUUGCCAAGGACGCUGGCAUGCGGUUCAUCAACCUGGACGUGGCCGUACUAACGGACAAGUGGUAUGGAGAGAGCCAAAAGUUGGCCACCGCGGUCUUUACGCUAGCCCAGAAGCUCCAGCCAUGUAUUAUUUUUAUUGACGAAAUAGAGUCCUUUUUACGCAUCCGAGGCAGCGGUGAUCACGAGGCCACGGCAAUGAUGAAGACCCAGUUUAUGUUACAGUGGGACGGCUUGGUAAGCAAUGCCAACACAUGCGUCCUCGUCCUGGGAGCCACCAACCGGCCGCAGGACUUGGACAAAGCUAUCCUGCGCCGCAUGCCGGCGCAAUUUCAUAUCGGGGUUCCCCGCGACGUCCAGCGUGAGUCGAUCCUGCAGCUGAUUUUGCAGUCCGAGCAGCUCCACAACUCAGUAAAUCUAAAAGAGCUGGCUCGGCUCACACCCGGAUUUUCAGGAUCCGAUCUGCGGGAGUUGUGCCGCCACGCCUCCAUGUAUCGAAUGCGCCAGUUUAUGCGGGACAAAAUGGGGGACGAGCAUCGCGACGAUUUGGGUUCCAAGGGGGACGGGCAGGUAAACGAGCAGACCCUACAGAACUGCGAGCAGCUGGAGAUCCGCAUGGCCGACCUGCUCAAGUCUCUGACCAUUAUGAAGGUAUCCAAGUUCCAGUCACACAAUGCCUUCAUGGAGAAGGACCUGGAACUCGAUUAGAAAUUACUGGAAUUGCCGCAAUAAAUGCUGAAAUAUGAAUAUAACUAAAUUGUCGGCUAAGUUCUUGGAAGUAAAAUUGUUUCGCUAAGACUGGCCAAGUUUCUUAAAGGAAAUAUUAAAAUUGUUAUUGUUGA